AUGACAGAAUUGGUCGAUCAAGAUGAAGUAACAACAUUCUUUCAAAAGUUGAGAGCAAAGAACAAUGAUAACAAGAGUUGUUUUGAUUGUGGAGCAAAGAACCCUACUUGGGCGAGUAUCCCCUACGGUAUACUCAUUUGUGUAGAUUGUGCUUCACUUCAUCGUAAUAUGGGUACUCAUAUUUCUUUUGUUAGAUCAACACAAAUGGAUAAAUGGAAAGUAUCACAAUUAAAAUUAAUGGAGGCAGGAGGUAACCAUCAAGCAAAGAUUUAUUUCUCAGAGCAUGGUGUUACUUUGAAUAGUGAUGCCAAGUAUCAUGGUCAAGUUGCUACAAACUAUAAGAAAUUGUUGGAAUCUAAAGUUUCAAAAGUAACUAAAUCAAAUGAAUCAUCAAAAUCAACUACUACUACUACAUUGGAGAAUAGUAAUGUUCAAAUAUCAUCACCAUUGAAUUUAAAUUCAUCAACGUCGUCCCCAUCAUCGUCACUACCAUCACCAUUUACAUCAAAGGAUGGUGUCAAUGCAAAUAGUAGUAACAAUGCCAACAAUAGUUCAAUUUCAACACCAGAGUCAAAAUCAUCUUCAAUCUUGUCACCACCAACUAAUCUAGUAUCAUUUAAUGAUGAGUCGGACGAUCAAGAGACAAGUAGUAACAACAAACCAAGAUCAUCAUCAUCUAGAUCAUCAACAGUUAAAAAGACAACGGCCGUUAGAAAAGUAAACAAAAAUUCUUUUGAUGAUGAUUGGGAUUCAAUUCCUGAUAAAUUAAAUAAUACUUCUAUUGAUGAUGAUAAUAAUAAUAAUAAUAAUAAUAAUAAUAAUAGAAACAAAAAUAAGAAGAAUAAUAAUAAUAAUAAUAAUCUAUCAUCAUCAUCAUCAACUUCUUCAAUCAUUGAUUCUCCAACAACAUUUAAUUCAGAUAGUCAUAUUUAUUCAUCAAAAUCAAAAUUCUCUAUGAAUUAUGAUGAUGAUGAUAACAACAAUAACAACAAUGAUAAUAAUAAUAAUAAUAAUUACAACUCUGAUAGAAAACAAUCAAGAAAACAACAACAACAAGAUAGUGAAUAUGAUUUUUAUGAUAGUAAUAAUAAUAAUGAAAAGAAAUCAAAGAAUAAUAAUAAUAAUAACUAUAAUAAUAAUAAUCAAAAUCAAAAACAUAUAGAAAGAGAAAGAGAUGAUAAUGAUUAUGCAAGAAGAAAUUUUGGAGAGGCUAAAUCAAUUUCAUCAAAACAAUAUUUUGGAGAUGAGCAAGACCAACAAUAUGAUAUGGAAAAGAGAGAAAAGUUGUCUAAAUUCUCGAGUGCAUCAUCCAUUUCGAGUGCUCAAUACUAUGAUCGUGUUGAAUACUCACCAAGCUAUGAAAUGAGAGCGACAGAGAUGGCUAGAACUCUAGUCGACACUGCUCGUACUGAUUUCAAAGCAAUAUCAAAUGUUGUACUAGACAGUAGCAAGAAAAUUUCAAAUAUAGCUACAAACUAUCUACAAGAUUUACAAGAAAGAUAUAGAUAG